UUGUGUUAGUGCGGGUUGUCGCAGGUCCAGGGACAGCAGAGGCGGGAGGGACAAGUCGUAGAAUUUUUUAAUUAAAAAUGAAGUACAUUCUGGUCACUGGUGGUGUAAUUAGUGGUGUUGGCAAAGGUGUAAUAGCUAGUUCAUUUGGUACAAUUCUUAAAUGUUGCAACAUUCCAGUUACUUCGAUUAAAAUUGAUCCAUAUAUUAAUAUCGAUGCGGGUACAUUUUCUCCAUACGAACACGGUGAAGUUUAUGUUUUGGACGAUGGUGGAGAAGUUGACCUAGACUUGGGAAACUACGAGAGGUUUCUGGAUGUUACACUUCACAGAGACAAUAACAUUACCACAGGAAAAAUAUAUCAGCAUGUGAUUAACAAGGAGCGGCGGGGAGAUUAUCUAGGGAAAACAGUACAAGUUGUGCCACACAUCACAGAUGCAAUUCAAGAAUGGGUUGAAAGAGUUGCACACCAGUCAGUCAGUGAUGAUGGAACUGUACCACAGGUGUGUAUUGUUGAGCUUGGUGGCACAAUUGGUGAUAUUGAGGGUAUGCCGUUUGUUGAAGCUUUCCGCCAGUUCCAAUUCAGAGUCAAAAAAGAGAACUUCUGCUGUGCACACGUGUCCCUGGUGCCUCAACCCCGCUCAACUGGAGAACCGAAGACAAAGCCAACACAGUCAAGUGUCAGAGAACUUAGAGGACUUGGGUUGUCGCCUGACCUGAUUGUCUGCCGCAGUGAGAAUCCCAUAGGGCAGGCUGUCAAAGAGAAGAUAUCAAACUUCUGCCAUGUGGCACCUGAACAGGUUAUAUGCAUCCAUGAUUUGAGUUCCAUCUAUCGUGUACCAUUGUUAAUGGAAUCACAGGGCAUUGUAGAAUUCUUCAGCGACAGGCUUCAGUUGAAUAUACCAGUACCAAGGCCCCGACGCUUUAUGCAGAAGUGGAAGAAUCUUGCCGAAAGGGUAGACACACUCCGUAAAGAUGUAACAAUUGCUCUUGUUGGCAAAUACACGAAGUUGGAGGACUCUUAUGCAUCAGUAACUAAGGCCCUACAGCAUGCAGCUGUUUGUGCUGGAUAUCAUCUCAGAGUGAAAUACAUUGAAGCGGCAAAUUUAGAAGAAGCUACUAAAGCCAGUGAGCCAGCGAAGUAUCAUGAAUCUUGGCACCAAUUGUGUGAGAGCGAUGGUGUGAUAGUGCCUGGAGGUUUUGGCAAACGUGGAAUGGAAGGCAAGAUUGCAGCGUGUAAGUGGUGUCGUGAAAGUGCAAAACCUUUCCUUGGCAUCUGCUUGGGCCUGCAGGCAGCAGUCAUUGAAUUUGCAAGGCACAAUCUCCAACUUCAGGAAGCUAAUUCCACUGAAAUCGAUCCAGAGACUCCACAUCCUGUUGUGAUUGAUAUGCCAGAACACAAUACUGGACAAAUGGGAGGAACAAUGAGGCUUGGGAAACGUAUUACUGUCCUUGCACAAACCAAUUCAGUUAUCAGGCAACUGUAUGGCAAGAAAGAUCACAUUCAAGAAAGGCACAGGCAUCGAUAUGAAGUAAACCCUAAGUAUGUUGCUGACUUAGAGUCUGCUGGAAUGAAGUUUGUGGGUCACGAUGAGGAGAAAGUUCGAAUGGAAGUGUUGGAGUUGGAAGGGCACCCAUAUUACGUUGCAACACAAUAUCACCCUGAAUAUAUCUCCCGGCCACUUACACCUUCACCACCAUUCCUUGGUCUUAUAUUAGCAUCCGUCAGCCGCCUCCAAGCUUACUUAGCUCGUGGGUGUCGCCUCUCUCCGCAGCAGCUAUCUGAUGAAUCAGACGAGGAAACUGAAAUAUUAUUAGAAGAAAGCCUUGUCCUUAAUGGCCCAGUGGAAAACAAUGUACCACCAAGUAGUUAGUGAAAUUAAUUGGUUUUUUAUAUUUUAUUUGUCUAGAAAUGUACUGUCUAAGACGAAGGAAAUAUUUCCUUGAAGAUCUGUAAUUUCAACAUAGAGCAGUAUUAUUUUUCGUAUUUCAUAUUUUGAAAUAUUUUUCAGAUAAAGGUAAUAUUGAAAGUGAAGGUACUUAGGACAAGGAAACUGAAAAAAAAUUGUAAGCAGUAAGGAAUUUGUAAAAAUUCUGUUCUCAUCAGUAACUGUAUCAGUUAGUGAAUUGAAGGAAUUCUUUGUAUUUCUUGCAUUCUCAGGAGCAAAGUUCUCUUCUGAAUGUAGCUGAGGGAGGGUGGUGACAGUGAGAAUGUUAAUUGAAGGUCAGUGGUUAGAGUUCUUACCAACAUUAUUUAUCAAUCAUUCAUAAUAAUUUUUAUGACGUCACUGUGAUAUAAUUGCAGUAUAGUUUUCCCAAAUAUUAAAUCAUUCUCCUACUGACCCUCCCCAACAUACGCACUCCCUUUUCUGUGCUUCUUAUUGUUCCAGCUUUUUAUGGAACAACAUUUUCUCACUUUUUAUGGUAAGUGAUACUCUUCAGUGGGAGUUGUGCUUAUUGAAAGUCUUAGUGACAUUAUUGUACUUUUGCAUUGAUGCAUACAUAGGUUUAUUAUAAAAUGAAAUAUUUAAUUGAAAAUAUAGUUCUUGGUGCGGUAGUGGAACAUUAAUUCUGAAAUAUAUCUCAUUUUACUAGCAAAAUCAAACAAUGGGAACUCCAGGGUGAAAUAUCAACAAUAUUAGAAAAAUGAUUGACUGCUACUCAUUGUAAAAAAGACACAUUGAGUUGCAGACAUGCAAAAUGAAAAUACUGUAACAGAUUUAACUUUUGGCCAACACCUUCUUCAGAAAUGAAAACUUGCACACAUUCACACAAGCAACACACAUCACACACACAACUGCUAUCUCCAGCAGCUUCGGAAUGUCUGUCUGCAACUCAACAUGUCAUCUUUACGAUGAUUAGCAAUCUAUCCUUUUCCUACUAGUGUUGUCCACAGAUCGUGGUCUAGUGGCUAGCAUUGUCGCCUCUGGAUCACGGGCUCUUGGGUUCGAUUCCCAGCUGGGUUGAGGAUUUUCUCCACCCGGGCACUUGGUGUUUGUGUUGUCAUCAUCAUUUCAUCAUCAUCAUUUGUGUCAGUAGCUUGAUUGGAUUGUGUAAAAAAAGUGGACUGUGUAAAAAUUGGGACUUCAUACUGGCGCUGAUAACCGCGCAGUUUAUGGGACUUCGUACGGGCGCUGAUGACCGCGCAGUUUAAAGGUCCCCCCAACCCAUCAUCAUCAUCAUCAUCAUCAUCGUUGUACUAGUGUUUAUUUUGUUAUUGCUUUGUCAAGAUUUAGUGCCACUUGUCAGAGGUAAUAUUCUACUAGCUGGGCAGUGGUUUGAAGUACCAUACACAUUAUCUUAUGAAAUAUGUGUAAGAAGGCUGCAUAGGUACACAAAACAUAGGACCAGGUGGGAGUGAUAUCAUAUGCAAGUGUAGCACAAACUGGGAAUUUGCUUGAACUUCUUGUUAGGAAACAGAACUAAUACCCAAAAUUUUUUGUUUUUUGCCUGCAUUAUUUGGUUUUCAUCUCUUUGUAAUAAUUGUUCUUGCCCACUUGGAAAGUUCAUGUAUACCUUUAUCUGUUUUGACUAUGUGCCAUUUAUGUUAUUUUAAAUAAAUGAUAAUGAAAUAUUUGUUAGAAAUUAUAACUUAGUUGGAGUAGAAGGGAAGCGAUGUGGUAAAUGUAUAUUUUCUGGUGUGAAACAAGUUGUUGUGUGUGUUAAUGUGAAUGUAAAAUUAUGUGGUCUGUGUAAAGUAACAAAAAUGCACAAAAGUUCAUACUGAAAUCCUCCUUUUAGUGAUCUUAUUUUGUACAAUGCCUGUAUUUACUUUAUAAUAAUAAUUAGAAAUGACAGUUGCUUGUGAGAGUCAAGUUGUGUGUCACAUGAGCUGUAGAAAGAGAAAAAUAAUGGCCAGCUGAUAAUACAGAUGAUGAAAGUUAUGUGGCAGAAGACAUGGAUAAGUAUGCAGUUACUCAUUGCUCUCAAUUUUAAGCAAGUACUUGGGUUGGAGCUGUGCACUGUGUUGCUAAAAAUUCUUCGACGACUGGAAUUCCACGUUAUCUGUGUCUAGAUAUGUAUUGUAUAGUCUUCUAGAAUUUCAUUUGUCUGAACUUUGUAUAUUUGUUUGCCAUAAUUUUCAUAACUUUUUAUGGUUGUUUUGAGACAGUACAGUGUUUGUGAAUACAAAUUUUAGCAUGAAAGAUGGUAUGUAGAUAUCAUGGAUCAUUGUUACAAAUACAACAUAAAAUUAUUCUUUUGUAUACCAAUUAGGAUUGAAGUAUAGAAUGAGUCAUGGUCUUCAGUGAGAGCCCAAAUUGCUGCAAAUUUAUUUUGAUGGAAUUUUUCCUCAUGUGCACUAUGCAUUAUUAUACCACUUGGUGUUACUGGUGUUAAUGUAGAUUUGCCAUCAAUGAAGACCCUCAGUUUUCUUCUUUCAUCACACUCCAUUUGUAAUUUCUUGCAGUCACCACUUUUUCUUUUUUUCCCUCAGAUGCACAACCACACUGCACCCCUUUGCUGCAAAUUUGGUUUGAUACAUUCAUUACACAUGGUCAGUUUUUUUCUGUUAGGUUUCUUUUGAAUAAGGUCACAAUUUUUCUCCUAAAUAUCUAAGAAGACAUUCUUCAGAAGACAUUCUCAUUGUGGUCGAAAUAGACCUUACGUAAUUUUCAGCAGUUUGCUUUUACUCAUUGUCUUUGUACCACACUGUGUAAGUUGUGUGUAUGGUACCUACUUAUUUGUGCAAUUAAUAGUAAAAAUUUGGAUUAUAUUUAACCCAUAAAGCAAGAUUUUCUGUUUUUUUAAACAAAUUAUAAGACAAAUCCAUGUCAGAAAGUAAAGUUCUGCAUCUUUUGGUUUGCAGAUACUGUUCCUGAAAGUGAAUUAUGUAGUAAAACAUACACAUUGUGAAUUCUGGCAUUACAAUAAUCCACUCCUUUAAUCAUAUGGAUGUACCUCAGCACAAAAUAUUUUGCUGUGCAUAAAACAGCAAAAGAGAGAGUGUGAAAUUAAAUUCCGAUAAAAUAAUUAAUCUGUGACAAAAUGUGUACAUGUUCCAGUGCACAAACUUCGAUGCAUUACCAAAGGAUUUAGCCAGAUCCUUGUAUGUCCACAAUGUGUCUGUUUUAGUGUGAGUGAUUAUUAAACAAAGGACUGUAUUGAAUAAAUUAUAUUUAUUGAAUAAAAUAUACUUCCUACAUUUAAGAUGUCUGAACUAUUGUGUUAAAAUAUGAAAUAGCCAUUUGUGCAUGAAAUGUUACUACUUUUCCAUUUGUGGGUCAAUUCUUUCCAUUCCAUGUACAGAACCAACUUGAAAUAAAACAGUUUUAUUAUAAA